AUGUCAAUCCGCCAGCGCAUUCUCGGAAAUAGAUACAAAUGGGCAGCUGCGUCUAUCGACUGGGUUUUUCCAGCUUUAUUUGUUGCGGCGAGCUUAGAAUCACAAUGCGCUGCUGAUGGUAUUGUUGGAAACUCAGAACAUGGAGGCGAAAUUAUUGCCGUGACUGGACUGAAAAUCAAUCGUGACUGUUACAUUGGUAAAAGUGGCGCAAAAACUUCAGGGAUACCCAUGCUUGUUAUUACUGGCUACGAGCUACUAUCAAGAGGUCACCAGAUUUUUUCUGCAGGAAUCAGUCACGCUGGAGAUAAGGUGUUCAGCUUUGAGUUCACCGAUAAGGAUGAAGUGGCUAUACGAGUUUCUGCGUUCAACGACGUUGCUGAAAGGGCGUCCGAAAUCAUUCAGCUUGAUUACACUUAUUACAUAAAUGGUGCCAGUGUCAAACAAGCAAACAAACGUUUCAAUAACACUGGACAUGAUUAUGAGCUUAUCAUGAAUGCGAGCACUGUGAUUGAUCGCUGUCGUGCGGGAAUUCCAAAACCGUCACUUGUGCUGAAAAUUUGCCUUCUUGAUGAUGUACCAAGUCAUAAAAACGAGAACAUCAAUGUGCUUGCGGUCGUUGAUGAAUUUCACCAAGUCAAUAAGCGUGACAUACAUUUGAUCGAUCAGUCAAGUUCUGUGGUCAAAUUGACAUUGUGGGGAGAACAAGCUGAUUUUCAAGAUCAUGUACUUGGCGAAGUGGUGUCUAUCAAGGGGGCAAGAGUGAAAGAGUGGAUGGGAGCGUUUAGCCUGGCGGUUGGUCCAUUAUCGAAGAUUGUCUUUAGUCCGCAGAUGGAUGUUGCUCUUUCUUUGAGCGAAUGGUACGCUAACAAACGACGGAUGGCAGAUGUUAAGUCUAUCAGCACUGCUUCAUUUGGGCGCAGUGAUGGAUUCGGUACGUUGCUUCUCCAACUAACGGAUUUCACCGGAUCCAUCUGGGUGUCAAUCUUCUCUAACGUCGCAGCCAAAAUGCUUGGUAUGGAGGCGGAACAGUUGGCGGAAAUGAAGGCUGCUGAUCAUGACGCUUACAUCAGGCUACUAACAAGCCUGUGUUUCACGUAUUUCAAUUGGAGGAUCAACGCAAAAACUAACACAUAUCGUGAUGCGACUCGUAUGUGUUACUCUGUUCUUCUAUGCGACGCCGUACCAUCUGACCGCUAUAUUCCGUUGCUGCAGCAGUCGAUGAACGCCUUGGAGCGACUCUAA